UGUAAGAGUUCCUAAAGGAGGAGCCUGAGGAAGCCUUCCCAUCAGCACAGUUCCUGAGGUGGCCUUACUGAGGAAGUUGGAGGCCUUUGAGCAUCCCAGUGUUGUACACCUAAUGGAUGUCUGUGCUACUUCCCGAACGGACCGAGACAUCAAGGUGACCCUAGUGUUUGAGCAUAUAGACCAGAACCUAAGGACAUACUUGGACAAAGCACCCCCACCAGGCUUUCCAGUUGAGACCAUCAAGGAUCAUCUGAGGCGGCAGUUUCUAAGCGGCCUAGAUUUUCUUCAUGCAAAUUGCAUUGUUCACCGAGACCUGAAACUAGAGAACAUUCUUUUGACUAGUAAUGGGAGAGUCAAGCUGGCUGACUUUGGCCUCACCAGAAUCUACAGCUACCAGAUGGCCCUCACACCUGUGGUUGUUACACUCUGGUACCGAGCUCCUGAGGUUCUUCUGCAGUCUACCUAUGCAACACCUGUGGACAUAUGGAGCGUGGGCUGUAUCUUUGCAGGGAUGUUUCGUCGAAAGCCUCUCUUCUGUGGAAACUCUGAAGCUGACCAAUCGGACAAAAUCUUUGAUCUCAUUGGCUUGCCUCCAGAAGAUGAUGAGAUACCUCAAGAGGUAUUUCUAGCCCAAGGAGCCUUUUCCCCCAGAGGGCCUCGGCCAGUGCAGUCAGUGGUGCCGGUAAUGGAGGAACCUGGAGCGCAGCUGCAGCUGGAGAUGCUGGUUUUUAACCCACAUAAGCAGAUCUUUGCCUUCCGAGCCCUGCAGCACUCUUAUCACAAGGAAGAAAGUGACACAGAUUGA